UCAAACUGACCAUGGCUGCAGGGAAGGAUGCCGAUGAAAACACACAGAAUAGAAGAGGAACGGUGUCCAGCAUGGUGAUCAAUCAGGAGUCGCCCGGGGACUCUCGCACCGGCCGCCCACCAGUCAUCUUCAACCCAGACUUUUUUGUGGAGAAACUCCGGCACGAGAACCCUGAUGUUUUUCUGGAGAUGGUAAUCAGUAAUAUCACCCGCCUUAUUGAUCUUCCUGGGACAGAAUUUUCCCAGCUCCUGGGGGAGGAGGGCCCUAAGACCCCAACCGGUGGAAACGGAGGCUUCUUCCGCUCUUUCAACUUCCUCAAACGCAAAGAUAAAGGCAUCGUGUUUGGAACCCCUCUGACGGAGAGCUGCAUCGCUCAGAUCUACCAGCUUAUCGAAUACCUCAGCAAAAAUCUCCACGUGGAGGGCCUGUUCCGGGUCCCGGGGAACAGUGUCCGGCAGCAGGCCCUGAAGGAGCUCCUGAACAGCGGGGCCGACGUCGACCUGGGGGCCGGAGACUUUCACCCCAACGACGUGGCCACGCUGCUCAAAACCUUCCUGGGGGAGCUGCCCGAGCCCCUGCUGACACACAGACACUUCCACGCCCACCUGAAGAUCGCUGACAUCACCCUGUUUGACGAGCAGGGGAACAAGACGGCGGUUCCCAACAAGGAGCGUCAGAUGGAGGCGCUGCAGCUGCUGUUCCUGCUGCUGCCCCAGGCCAACCGCUCCCUGCUCAAGCUGCUGCUGGACCUGCUGUACCACACGGCCAAGCAGCAGGACAAGAACAAGAUGUCUUCCUUCAACCUGGCCCUCAUGUUCGCCCCGCACGUCCUCUGGCCCAGACACAUGACGGCCGGGGACCUAAAGGACAACCUGAAGAAACUGAACAGCAGCAUGGCCUUCCUCAUCAAACACUCCCAGAAGCUGUUCCGGGCCCCCUUGUAUCUGCGGGAAUAUGCCAAAGUGUACUUCUCUGGAACCAGGGCCCUGCAGACCAAGGACGACCUGGACCUCCUGGUGGCGGGCAGCUCCUCCGGCCCGCGGAGGGUGCUGCCCCUGAAGAGGCCGGCCGGCUCCGGCUCCGGCUCCGGCUCCGGCUCCGGCCCAGACCCCCACCAGCAGUACCAGUCCCCGGCCCAGCAGUACACGGAGGAGGCCUUGAAGGAACUCUUCAGACACGUCCACAGCAACAUGCCCGACUCUGCCAAGAAGAAGAAGCUGGUCCGACAGUUAGUCAAACAGACGACGGCGGGGACGCCGACCAGGGAGCAGGCCCCGGCCCCUGCAGCUCACAGCAAGAAGCACCCUCGGUCCCGCUCGUUUGGAGGUCUCAUCAAGCGCAAGAAUCGAGGGGAGCAGCUCACGGCAGAGCGGCGGCUCAGACACGUCUCUCCCAACCACGCCGCUGGAAAAGAGAACGUCCUGCAAGCGGUGGGCAGCCCGUUACCCGGCCCCGUCAUCGGGAGAUCAGGAUUCGUCGUAAAAAACCCAGAUUUUACGUUUCAUAAGGACAAAGCUGUGAAGGUUUCCAAGGACUCCCCGUCGGUGUCCAGGAUGUGUUUCUCCCCCGCCCAGGAAAUCUCCCUGUGACCCCCGUCUCCUCUCCCUGGACCUGCAGCGCUCCGUCCCCAUCGCUCGCCGGUGUCCGUUUGUCCUAACUGACUAAUACGCAGCAGAUCUGGCAGCACAGCCAGUAAUAUCCCCCCCGCUCCCCUGCUGCUGCAGGAGCAGCCCCGUUUACAGCGGUACUAGUGGUAGACUGGAUCUUUAUACGGUAUUAUCUAUGAAUGCUUAGUCCCUUCAUGGUUACACUCUAAUAACACUAACUUCUGGUGAGUCGCAUCCCAACCAGGAAACAACGGACUGCAGCUGCGUUUGCAGAGGCUCCUGAGGACGAGGCGUGAGGUGUGUGGGAUUACCCUCCAUGUGUGGGAUUACUCUCGAUGUGUGGGAUUACCCUCGAUGUGUGGGAUUACUCUCGAUGUGUGGGAUUACCCUCGUGGAGCCUCGGCAUCAUCUUUGGUUCGGCUUCACGGCUCCGACCUGCUUGUGCUAUUUAUUAUGAGAAGUGUCUGUUUUGUUUACUGGAUCAGAGGCGACGUGCUUCCUGUCUGGACGUAGAAUCUGCAAACAUGUCGUCUGUCGGAGUGUGUGUUUGUGGGUCUUAUCCUGUUCCUGGCUUUGUACGUUGCAGUUCUCAUCAGUCUCUGGUCGCGUGCGUCAUGUCAUCUUCCUUUUACAAGUGUUUACUAAACUAUUGAGUGACUGGUGCUUGAGCGGUGGAGUUGGAGGGACACUGAGGGGAAACACCCGGAACGACCGGGUGGAGUUCUGAGUCCUAACACCAUCACUUCUGAACAAGUGCUUUUCUUGCAUUCUUGCAGAGCAGCACCAAAUGUUUACAUGUUUAACAUGUACUGCAACUUCCUUCCCAUAAUAUCACCAUAUUACCACGAUGGUCUUAAGAGUUGUUCCCCUGAGUGUAUCCUAAAACCCACUCGUGUCCUCGUGAAUCUUUUAAAUGUGAACUGUUACAUCACCAGAAUUUAUAGCUAUCACGAGCUUAAAAUAUUUAUGCAUUUCUUUUUUUUUUCUUUUUUUUUUUACUUCAGUUGCAUGAUGCAGGCGGUUUUGGAGGAAAGAAAGUGUUUGGAGGAUUUGUUGGUGGAAUUCAAGUUGAAGUUUGAGGGUUGUGCUUGUGUUCGUCCACCGAGAGCAGGUGGUCUGGGCGGGACGGGCGUGUAGCUCCGAGGGAGGAACGUGUGUUUACGGACGGUGGCAGCAGGAGCGCUGAGACCAGCUGGAAGCAGCAGCUCUUAGUGAUCCAGUGAGUUCAGGCUCCUGGUGUCGUGUUCAGCAGCUCUGGUGCCGACACCGAGGUCCAGUAGACGGGACAGUCGCUUGUUUGUCGCUGGGCUGCGUUGAGGGUCAACGGCUUUGGAAAAACUGAUUCAAAUCUGCACUCCAAAAUAUGAUCAGCACUUCUCUGGUGUUUGCAGGUUUCUGUGAAACGCUGCUGCAGGAAAGUGCUCCGUGCUGAGCUCGUUUCACUGUUCUGAUGAUGUUAACCGCUGCAUUUCACACAAUCUGCAGCAGCUUGGUGUCUGCAGAAGCAAAAAGCUGUUUGUCCUGGUGGCUCGACUUCGUGCCGGUGUCUGUUGGUGCUGGUGUCGGUGCUGGUGCGAUGAGACAUUGCCAGGUGGAGUUUGGUCCGGGUGGUUCUGUAACGAUGGAGAGAGACGUGAGAGUGAGGGGAACCCGACUGUUGCACCAGAGGACGUUAGUAAAGUAAGUGGUCGACUGGUCAGGCUGGUACAGACUGUUCCAUCGUCAGGAUUACUGUGAAAUCCAGAGAUCGAGUAAAGCUCUGCUCAGGUUGUUGGUGUCCCGGUGUCUCCAGGUCAGACAGGUCUUAGGAAGUCGGAAGGAUGGGUUGUUGGAAAGUGCUCGACAUGUUGGACGUCAGGGAUGGAAACGAAAAGACCCCGCCUCCUUUUUGUUUUACGGUACAGAUUCUUAUUCUCUUAUUGUUUACACAGGAUUUCUUUAUUUUAUUUUCUUUACCUUUCAGUUGAUGAGAGGUUGUCAGCAGGGAAAAGGCCACUUGAGACUACUGUUUUUUUUUCUUUAAAUUUCUUCCGCCAGCAUCUGAUCCCCUUCAGUUCUGCUGAGCUGUUUUAUGGGAGACCUCCAUGAAAUCUGUUUGUAUUCACUGUGAAUUUGUUUUAAACAUGAAUAUAUUAUUUUAAUGUGAUCGUUACAAAAAGUUUUUUUUUUUUACACUGAUGGGAGCUGUUGCAUUCUGGGAUGUGAAGUGCUGUUUUAUAGUGAAACAAAAUGCUCUUUAGUGUUUUCUUGCUCACACACUCCACUCAAUGUUUGUCUUUUUUACAUAAAUGUGAAGCAUUAAGUUGGUUCUCGUCUGUACUGCUGAGCUGUACUGCGGUAUUAACGUGAAAGUUUCAGUGUUUUAAGUUUUACUGUCAAAGUUUAGCUGCACCUUAUGUCUUGGUUACUGGCGAUCAGUGGGAUGUGCUAACAGCUCAUACUUAACCUUAGUGAUAUUUGUUCAAGCAGGAGUUUCCCAACAUUAUCCUGAACAUAUCUGUGACUUUCAUACCAUGUGUUUAAAACUGUGGUUGUUUUUUUUUUUUGUAUUUUUAUGUAAAAUAACCUAACCUUGUACAGAUUCCUUGGCAAACCAUCUGCUUCGGAUUAAAACAUUUUAUUUCCUA